GAGGAGCCGGCGCCGGCCAAUGACAGGUGGCGGUUAUCGACGUUGUCAUAGCGACGGCCAUCGGGCUGUGCAGACGGGUGCCGGAGGGAAUGAGCCGGGACCACAAGGCUGGGAGCCGCCGAGUCAGGGAGCACUGUCUAUGGGGAGCCCCGAAGGCCCGGGCCCAGAGCAAUUUCACCAUCACCUGUAACCCACUGGCAAUAUGACGCUGAUUAAAGCCUCUUUUACCUAUUCCACUGGGGAGGAGUAUUAUGGAGAAUGGAGAGAAGGUCGGAGGCAUGGCGUUGGCCAGUUACUGUUUGCUGAUGGCACCCUCUACAUAGGCCAGUUUGAGAAUGGACUUUUCAGCGGUUUUGGGGUUCUGAACUUUCCAGACGGCUCAAGGUACGAAGGGGAGUUCGUUCAAGGAAAAUUCCAGGGCACAGGUGUAUUCACUCGCUAUGACAACAUGAAGUUUGAGGGAGAGUUUAAAGGGGGCCGGGUUGAUGGUUACGGACUGCUGACGUUCUCCGAUGGUUCCCACGGCGUUCCAAGGAACGAGGGUCUCUUUGAGAAUAACAAGCUGGUAAAGCAAGAGAAGUGCCAAGCGGUGAUCCAGCGGGCUUUUAUUCCCCACCUUCCCCAGACACCAUCCUUGGUGGAAGCGGGGCAUUAACUAAUGGAUAUCCUGGCCUGCAACAAUUGAUGUGAUUCUCCACCACCACCUCCCUUCCCCUCACUGCCUCCUCAACAGUUACUUUUGGCGUUACCGGCAGGAGGAUUUUGAAUUUUCGGCUCCGGUGACACCUUGUGGAUUACGCCCGAAUGAAUAGAGGGCUACAGACGUUUGCUUAUCUUGCAAAUGGCUUUGGACCAAAAUAUGAGAUCUGCUCAUUUGGCUGAUGGGGGUCCUACUGGUAGACACAGGGUUUAGUUCUGUAAAUCACAUCUCGGAUCUCUGAGUAUGUGAUGCACUGCAAGAUACAUUUAUAUGGAUCUGUCAGGGAGAAAUUAGAACAGGACACUUCUGCUGAUCAAUGUGGAGGUUAAUACCAGGUAUAGAGACUUGUUAAAAAGAAAACAAUAGGCGUUUUGCAAAGCAUUAUUAUUGCGUGCCUGGUGAGACGUUUAUCUGUCUACACAGUGAAGGUCUGCCAAGAGACACCUGGUGGGAGUGACGUGUAAUCGUCUCACUAAGUGUGCAUUUGUUAGACGGGUUGAAUGUAUGUGUCUUCGAUCACUGUCCUAUGUGUAUCACAUGUGUCGAUAACUUAUUUCACUUCAUUGUUUAAUGACCGCUAAUUAGCUAUUUAUUGUAUUGCAUGUGUUUAGACUCUGCCAAAACCUACUGUUACCCUGUUAAAUACUGUAUGGGCUAUUUAUGUGCAAAAUGAAUGAGAGCUCCGCGUUCCGUCACCACCGCUGACCGCACAAGCUACGGUAUUGGCAGUUGGUUUGAUAAUCAUAGUGAGUUAAAGAAGAAGAAAUGUCACAAGGUUUAUUAGUGAAAUGUUCUACUAAAAAAAAAAAAAAUCCAAGAAUUACAAAAAUGUCGAUAAUGUUUGUGUCUGAUACAGUGUAACAAGGACCUCUGUACAGAUCAUUGCUGGGGUGUGUCAGACAUAUUGCCUAAUGUACUAGCAGGAAAGGACCAAAGACUGACUGUAUAUAGUUGCAGAAUAUACUGUAUAAUUUUACGCAAACAAAUCGCUAGCUAAAUUCUUUAAGGUGCUAAUUUGUCCUUAAAUAUGUACAUUUAUAUUUUUUUAAAUAUUUGAAGGGUUGGUUUUUUGUUUUUUUAUUUUGUUAGACUGAUCCAAAGUAAUAUACUCCCCCUCCCCCGCAUAAUGCGACGCAUUUAUGUACAUGCAGUCUUGGGACGAGCAGUGCUAGUAGUAUAAUUUAAACUGCAGCUAUAUAAUGUUACCUGUAUGUCAGCCGGUUGCGGCUUAUUUAAUACACUACAAUCCCAUAAUGACCAAUGAAACUGUAGGUAUUAUUUUUCACCUGCAGUCUAGAAAAUCAAAGCCAGGAGCUGAAUUAUGUGCAUUACAUGUACUAUAGCCCGAUGUCGUCCAAAAAGCCCAAUAGAGGUAAUUGAACAACAAAUGAUACAGAGUGUAACGAGAUGAUAUUCUGAAUGCAUUGAGCGAAAGCAACACUUGGAAAGGGGAGAUGGCAGAAGUGCGGCAAGAGACCGCCAUUAUAUGCUAUGUAUUAAACCCAUUUAUAAUUUCAUUACUUAUUAAAAUUUAAUGGAGGGCAAGGAUUGCAAAUGGGCUUAUGUUUUUACAAUUCAGGGAACGUGGCCAGUUGCUGCAGCAUUUGACAUGCGUCACGAAUCCUCCAGAACAAAGGACAUAGCAACAUGAUAUUACCGAGCCCCCAGUUUUCCGUACCGCCGCGGUUUCGCUGAAUCGGUUAUGGGUGGAAUUUCAAUCUCGCAUCUACUUUUUUAUUUUUGCAUGUGAUUCUGAGAAUCUCCGGCGGCAACAUGAAGCUCUUUCCUGUACAUAGAGCCUUAGGGUUAUCUGCCUUAAGUAUCAUCAAGUGUGAUGAAAUCUAAUCAGUUUUGUGUGUGAUUAACACUGCAGCAUUGUGUUACUAACAGAUGAUGAUUUCCCCAAGAGUUGCUGAGAAUGGAUUCAGUAGCAUGGCUCCUGUGCUUCCGGGGGGGGCGUCUAGCAAUUCUGAAUGUGUAGUCC